AUGGCCUGUCAGUACCUGACGUUGGACUUCCAGCCUCCAAACUCCUCAGUUGCAGGGAAAUGGGGUGACUGCAGGAGCGACAACCUCCAAGCACACAUCCUCUGCUUCACAGCGGGCAGAGCCAAAGAGGGACAGGUCAACACCUCCACGUCACAGGGGGAAACGGACCCUGACGGUGACGGGAACUCGCAGGCACCGCAGAGCUGCCGUGUGGCCCAGCUGGGGUCUGAAUGCUGGAGCAGAGGAGCUGCCCGGCCGAUCUGCAGCGGCCCCUUCUCCCCCACCUCCCGUCCCCAAAGCCCGGACCCCCUGGAUCCAGCCGCGCCUGAAGCCAGCCGCACGCUCCACACGGCUUCCGCUCUAGGACGUGCAGUCUCCAGGGACCGGGGGCGGGGUCGUCUCACCAGUCUUCCCGGGGAGCGGAGACCCGGAGGUUUUCACCUGCUCCGCAGAGGGCUCGACCCCGCCGCGCCCCUGCACACGCCCACUGACGGCGCCCGAGACCCCCCCCCAUGCCAAUUCGGUGACUCGCAGGUGACAGGCCGAAAUGGUAAAGAACAUUGUCGUUUAACUUUAAAAAAUUAUGAAAGUUACAGUUCUAAGUGUUCGGCUUCCUCCUGGACUCGGGUCUCCGGCUCGGCGCCCACCGCGCCCUGGGGAGCAGCACCCGGCGCCCGCGGCGGGGUCUCGCCCUCGCGGACCCGCGUGCAGGCGGGCGGGAGCGCGGCGGGGCCUGGCGCGCAUGCGCGGGGCGGGGCUGCGCCUCGGGCCCUGCGCGCCUGCCGGCCGGCAGGGGGCGGUGCUGCCGUCGGCCCUCCCCGGGCCCGUCCCCGCGCCGCCCGCCUCGGCCGUGCCCACCCUGUAUUAAGACGCUGCGGGCGCCGCAGCCCGCGAGGCCUCGGGGGAGCCGCCCUCGUCGCGCCUGACCGCCGUCCCCGCCGUAGCUGCGCGCGGGUCGCUCGCACAGGCCGUCCUCGCUCGGCCCCUCCCCGCCCCUCGGCUGUCCGCGGAUCCUGCGUCGGUCGGCGUGCGGCGGAGGCAGCAUGGCGGCGCGGCGAGGCGGGGCGUUCGGGCCCAGGCGCGGGUGGCGGCGCUGGCGCUGUGCCUGGCCGUGCGGCUGUUGGCGGGCCGCGGGCCGGAGCCCCGCGAGCGCAGAAGUACUACACGGCGCUCAUCAACGUGACGGUGCAGGAGCCGGGCCAGCGGCGCCCCUCUCACCUCCGCGUCGGACCGCGGGCGGCUAUCGGGCGCGACUCGCCCAAGGCCGAGGUCCUCGGCGGCCAGGUGCUGGCGCCGCUGCCCCUCCACGGAGUUGCUGAUCAUCUGGGCUGUGAUCCUCAAACCCGGUUCUUUGUCCCUCCUAAUAUCAAACAGUGGAUUGCCUUGCUGCAAAGGGGAAACUGUACAUUUAAGGAGAAAAUCUCCCGGGCUGCUUUCCACAAUGCAGUUGCUGUAGUCAUCUACAAUAAUAAAUCCAAAGAGGAUCCUGUCACCAUGACUCAUCCAGGCACUGGAGAUAUUAUUGCUGUCAUGAUUACAGAAUUGAGGGGUAAAGAUAUUUUGAGUUAUCUGGAGAAAAACGUCUCUGUACAAAUGACCAUAGCUGUGGGAACUCGGAUGCCACCAAAGAACUUCAGCCGGGGCUCUCUAGUCUUCGUGUCAAUAUCCUUUAUUGUUUUGAUGAUUAUUUCUUCAGCAUGGCUCAUAUUCUACUUCAUUCAGAAGAUCAGGUACACAAAUGCACGUGACAGGAACCAGCGUCGUCUUGGAGAUGCAGCCAAGAAAGCCAUCAGCAAAUUGACAACCAGAACAGUGAAAAAGGGUGAUAAGGAAACAGACCCAGACUUUGAUCAUUGUGCAGUCUGCAUAGAGAGCUAUAAGCAGAACGACGUGGUCCGUGUCCUCCCCUGCAAGCAUGUUUUCCACAAAUCCUGCGUGGAUCCGUGGCUUAGCGAACACUGUACCUGUCCUAUGUGCAAACUUAAUAUUUUGAAGGCUCUGGGAAUUGUGCCAAAUUUGCCCUGUGCGGAGAACGUGGCCUUUGACAUGGAGAGGCUCACCAGGGCCCACGCGCUGAGCCGACGGUCUGCCCUGGGUGACCGCACCGGCGGCAGCUCCCCGGGCCUCGAGCCGCUGCGCGCUUCGGGGAUGUCGCCUCUUCCUCAGGACGGGGAGCUCACUCCCAGAACAGGAGAGAUCAACAUCGCAGUGACAAGUGGCCAUUUCUUCCAUCGAAACUCUUUGUCCCCUCGGAGCCUGGUGUACGAAAGCGAAUUCUCCACAAUGGAGCCUUCUUUGGACAUGUACGAUGAGAACAAAACCUGAUUUUUACAAUGCGGGCUGUCGGGGUCACUUCCUUUGUGGUUUGAUUUAUGAUCACCUUUCUUACUCCGUCUUCUCCUGUCGGCACCCGUUCUGGAAGAAGGGCAGCACUGUCUGAGCACAGGUGGGGUUUCAGGGUUAGACUGCGACGUCCCCCCGAGGCGACCACAUGCCCAGGUGAGCCCCGUGGCACGGAGAACUCACCCAAGCGGCUGCUGAACGUGGGCUGCCACCAGGCAUGACUGUUUCCGGAGAAGAGGCAGGCCCAGGUUCUUGCGGAGGUGUCUCCUGAACCAGAUCCCGUGUUGUUCUGCGUAGGUGCGGGGUUGGGGUUUUUAAACACUUUCUGUGAUCCCUGCUUAGGAUGCACACUUACUGCAGGUGAUGCUUCUCACCGACGCAGAUCACAAGUUGCAGCUGCUUGCCGUGCUCUGUGUUUUUCUCUGUCCCUCCUUUCGGUUACUGCCCAGGGCCUCCUUGCAGAGGGAGCUGAGGGGCGGCAUGGCCUUUGGUAGCUCCUCGGGGCCUCAGACCACACGGUUUCCUGCAGGUCCCACCAGGGAGACGCAGGCCGUGCUGGGGGCUGGGGGCUCUUGCGUGGAGGGAGGUGGCCGUCCGCACCGGCGUGUUCCAACCCCUUUAUCGAGCAUGGCGUAGGGUGACGGAUGCUUGUGUAACCACCAUAUCCUGAAACCUCCCCUGUCCCCGCAGCUGUGGGCUUGUCUGCUAGGCAGCAGCAGUCUGCAAAGAGGGUCCCCAGGAGCCCUUCAGGCCUUCUCUCUUGGGGGGCGGCCAGCACUUGUCCAAAUCAAAACGACUUUGGCUGUUCUAUUGUGCAGACAAACCCAACAUCUUGCACCAGACCCCAGGUGUACGCCCCUGUUCGGUUUGCCCUGGUCCAGCCGAGGCCUCUCCCCCGGCCUCGGCGUCAGCAGCCAGGCCCACAGAGAAGGAGGCUGAACCGACACCCUGAGGAAGCCAGGGCCACCUGCCCCUCGCACGCUGCGGAACGACACCAGUUAACGCGGGAGAAGCAUGUCUUAGAGCAGCUGCCAACACGGAACCACGAUGCCAAACUCUUCAGGCAGAUCUUGGCGUCUUUUCUGCUGACGGCCACGCCGGCUUAGUCUGCUCCUUGUGACGUGAGCUUGGUAAAGCGGUGAGCCUGUUCCCAUCCUGUGUGUGAGAACGGACGCCCCUCUGUGCCUGUUAGUCCACAGCUGGCCAAGCGGACACCCGAAGCCCCUGCCCUGACGUGUCCACUGACUCUGUGGGACUUGCAUUUGAAGUGAACCCUGGCCACUCUCCUCCUUACCAGCGUCUUCUCCUAAUGUGCUGCUGAGAUGCCCCCGGCACAGCUGUGCCCUUGGGGAGCCGGGCGGCCGCGGCCUGUGGGAAAGUUGCUCUGAGCAAGCAGCAGUAUUUUAUUUUUAAUAAUUCAAGACUGAAACAGUGCAGAUUUUUAAGGUCUUGGCAGCUUUUUCUUUUUGCCUUUUACCAAGGGCUUUGGUUUGUUUUGUUCUGUUUUUUCCUUUUUAUAGUCUUUGUGCUAUAAAAAUAUUUUUGAUAAGCAGUUUCAAGAAUGCACCAUGCAGAAAGCCAGUGCCCACGGGAUUUGCAGCGGGAGGUGGUAUCUCCAAAGGAUAGUAGACCUCCGUUUGCUGGGGUUCCAGACGGGCACCGGCCUUUGUGUUUGGUUUGGUUCGCCUGAUCAAUGAGAUGACUAAAUUCUGAUUAUUUCCAGGCUGUCCCAUACCAUGACCUUGUUUUCCUGAGCCGAAACUCAGAUCCCAUUAUCAUUUCUUCUGACUCGUGCCAUCUCACAAAGGCACAUGCAUUAAAAUUCACUCGCAACAUUUUCUUUACUGAAAAGGUUGAAGUUGCUUGAAAAUAAAUUAAAAAACAAAAGUCAGGCCCCUAAAAUCUGUUAAUACGAUAUUUGAACUUGCGGGAAAUCUGGGGCGCACGGUCACCGUGGAAUAACCUAGAGGACGUCUCUCACAGGGCAGUUUACUCAGAGGCGUGCUUCCACUCGCAGCUGGACACGCUUUCCCGGAAAACCGGGGCCACGUCCCUGCUCAGCUACGGUGUGCCUUCUGUCUUUGUUGGGAGGGACCCCGACUUCUCCAUGAAGGAUAUGGACUUCAGGGGUACAGAGGAGGACUCAUCUAUCCCACGUAUCAGCCGUCGCUUUCCUGCAGCUGUGCCGAGGGGAGUCCCUGGCCGAGCCGCCUCGGAGCCAUUGGCCAUGUGAGAUGCUCGAGGUUUGGGGAGCAGCGUGGGAGUUGGGACUGGGGGUGCAGAGAGGCGUUUCUUCCCCCAGCAUGUUGGCACCUCGGUGUUGCAAGCCUCGGCCUGGCGGUUAUCAGCCAGGAAGUGGGCGAUGGCCUCUGAUCGUUUUCUUGGGGGGUGUGGGGGGGGGUGUUUGAAGAAAGGAGGUGGCAGGAGAGUGAGCCCCUUAGAGCUGGCCAGCUGCUGGCUCGGCCGUCUUCCCCCGCGGGGCCCCGUCCCUCCACUGUCUCCGGCCCCCAUCUCCACCCAGGCCCAGGCGGAGCGGGUGCAGAACCGGGGAGCAGUGUCUCACCCGGAAAAGGCGGGCACAGCCGGGGGUGCUGAGCGGGGCCUGGGGCACCGGCUGGAACUGAGUUGUGGCUCUUGGAAGGCCGGCACUUCCAGCCUGGCGGUUUUCCGCCUCCUGAGAGAGGAGCUCCCGGGAGUGCCCUUUUCCUGUGACUUCGGGAACGGAGGAGAGUGGCCGCUGGCCAUCAGCACGGGGCUGGGAAAGGGUCUCCAGGAAACUCAAGGGAGAGAGGCGGCUGCCAGCAGGCGUGAGGCAACCUCACAGGCCGGCCGAGUCCUGCUCCGGAAGACGGAAGACGGAAGACGCGCUCCACUGGGCCGCGUGUCCUCCCGGGCGUCCCCCGCCUGGCAUGGGGCCGGGUGCCCGGGCACCUCCCGAUGCAUGGGCAGCGCAGCUCCCCAGAGAUGCCGUCGGAAGGCUUUCAGGCGAGGAAGAGACCACGUUCCACCGGCUCGGUUUCCCGUGGGCUUUCUGAGCUCUUCUCGGCUUGCUCUCGCCCAUCCCAUCCGAUCUCUCAUUGAUCUGUGUGUUACAUGACACUGACUUUAACUGAAGAGAAGUCAGAAGUGUUAUCUUGCCAUCAAGCUUUCGUAUUAUUCAGGAAUAGGAAAUAAAGUUGCCUGGACAAAUGGGUGCUGCUCAUAAAUGCCAUGAAACAGAAACACUGAUUUUCAGGAAAUAGAAUUUAAAGGAAAACAAUAAGAAUUAUAAAGUUAAUUUCA